UGACCCGACAGCAUCGCUCCUCUCUGCCUGCAAACUGCUGCGAGCGAGACAGUGUGCGGGAGGGCUCUUCAGAAACAUGGGAGUAGAGAUCGAGACCAUAACCCCCGGAGAUGGGAGGACUUUCCCCAAAAAGGGACAGACAUGUGUGGUGCAUUAUGUUGGCUCUCUGACAGAUGGACGGAAGUUCGACUCUUCCCGUGACCGUGACAAGCCAUUUAAGUUCAAGAUUGGUAAACAGGAAGUGAUCCGUGGCUGGGAGGAAGGUAUUGCGCAGAUGAGUGUGGGCCAACAUGCAAAGCUGACCUGUUCACCUGAUUAUGCCUACGGUAAUAAAGGCCAUCCUGGGAUUAUUCCCCCAAAUGCGACCCUCAUCUUCGAUGUGGAGCUUCUCAGUCUGGAGUGAUUUAAUGCUCUUCACUGCCUUUUGUUAAUUUUUCAUUAUUUUAUUAAUGUUUCAAGUGUCAAAAGGUUUAGUCUUACCAUUAGAAACCUGAUUAAAUCAAUUUUCUCUUUCUGUCAGGCCAUAUUUUUAGUCAUUCUUCUCAGAGCCAUCUUUAUUCAGCAUCCCACCCUACAGUUUUAGGCACAUUAUGUAAAGAUCUGUGCUUUAUUUUAUCAGAGUUCUCCAACAUUUCAUCUUUUGCUUUGGUCACAUUUCAUCAGAAAUAAUUCUUUAGCUCCUUUAUUUUUAAUCCAACAUUUUUCCUGUCUAAUUGAUACGAUAAUCACCAAAUCACCAAAAAACCUUGCAAUGUCCUUAAUCCUGAACUUGAACCCUUGAAUGAACCCUUUAGACAUCUCUUCUCUUGUGACUUUUUCUUACACUGUGAUUAUUGUUGGCUUGAGACCAAGUACAAAUUUGUUAAAGAAUUUGCGACCUUAUCGCUGAAUAGUAAUCUAAAAAAAGAAAACAUAUAUUUAUCUUAAAGAUGUUUUGUUUGGGAUAUAAAAAUUUGCGUAUUUAUUGCAUUGUUACGUUUUAGAUUGAAUAAAUUAAUAAAUUACAUUUUAUACUUUUUAUCAUUAAACAUAUUUUCAGUCAGAAUUGUUGGGUUUGAACAGGUCUGCUGAUUUUAAUUAGUACAAAGAAGCAAAUUCUUGAACAAUCCUUGUGCUUCAUUGUGUGUUUGACACCUGCCAGAAUACCACUAGUUUUGUAUAUUUACAAAGUGACCAUAUCAACUGAAAAAGUGCCAUCAUAUUACCUGAAAUCAAACUUUGUGGUAGACCAGGCUGAUUAAUAUAAAAUGAUGAAGUGAUAGUACUGCCAUUACUGCCACUACUAUUUCUGUCAGUUUGCUGUGCAACAUUUUUUAUAUAUAGUUUUUGUUUAUUGUUUGCUCUAUUUUAUUAACAUGCAACUAUUUGGAAAUGUAUUAAAUUUGUUUAUUUUGUUCUGUGUUUGAUUAGAAACAUA